GCUGACCCUCGUCAGGUGUUCUCGGGAGAAGAGUCUGGGUGAGGGGACUAGAGCGAAGGAAGUUUAGGGAAAUAAGUUGGGCCCUGAAGAGGUCGCUGCAGACUCAGGAGAGACUCAAUUCCGCGUGUGGGUCCUGACAAGAGACAAGAAAUGAAUGAAGAAAAAGGAGGUCCCAGGACCUAGAUAGUGUCAUAUCUGGGCCACUUUUGAGUGGUGACUAGAUUUCUAACUAGAAAUUUAGAGCAUAUCCAGAAGAGACAAAGACAGAAUAUCCCAGUUGCUGGCCAUUUCUCAAAACAGAAGAAAAUGAUCAAUGCCCAGGAAUCGCUGACACUGGAGGACGUGGCCGUGGACUUCACCUGGGAGGAGUGGCAGCUCCUGGCCCCCGCCCAGAAGGACCUGUACCGGGACGUGAUGUUGGAGAACUAUAGCAACCUGGUGUCAGUGGGGUAUCAAGCCAGCAAACCAGAUGCACUCUCCAAGCUGGAACGAGGGGAGGAACCGUGGGCGAAACAGGAGGAAGUCCCCAGUGGAACCCGGCCAGAACCUAGCAAAGUUGAUAAUCACCUGCAAGGUCACUGGGAAAAUCCAAGAAUGCUGAAAGGUAUGGAACAAAACCACAAACACAAUGCAUUUGGAAAUACUGUUCCUCAAAGCAAAAGUCAUUUUCCUUCCAGGCAAAAUCAUAUGCUUGAGUUCUAUAUAAAAACUUUGAAGUCAAAUUUAAGUUUAGUCAACCAGAGCAAAAGCUAUGAAAUUAAAAACUCUACUAAAUUCAGUAGAGAUGAGAAAUUAUUUCUGCACGAUAAGCAUGAAGAUUUUAAUUCUGCUGUUAAACUCCCUAUAAGUGCAAAACCUAUUAGCAAUAAGUCCCAAGUCAUUAAGCAUCAGAGAACUCGUGAAAUAGAGAAACCCCAUGUAUGCAGUGAAUGUGGAAAAGCCUUCAUUAAGAAGUCCCAGCUCACAGAUCAUCACAGAGUUCAUACAGGAGAGAAACCUUAUGGAUGCAAUAUUUGUACGAAAGUAUUCUCCAGAAAGUCCAGGCUCAAUGAACAUCAGAGAAUUCAUAAAAGAGAGAAAUCCUUUCUAUGCAAUGAUUGUGGAAAAGUCUUCACCAUGAAGAGCCGUCUAAUUGAACACCAGCGAACUCACACUGGAGAGAAACCCUAUGUAUGUAACGAAUGUGGGAAAGGUUUCCCAGGGAAGCGUAAUCUCAUUGUACAUCAGCGAAAUCAUACUGGAGAGAAAUGCUAUGUAUGCAGUGAAUGUGGAAAGGGCUUCACUGGGAAGAGCAUGCUCACCAUACACCAGCGAACUCAUACAGGAGAGAAGCCCUACAUCUGCAGUGAAUGUGGGAAAGGCUUCACCACGAAGCACUAUGUCAUCAUACAUCAACGAAAUCACACAGGAGAGAAACCCUAUAUAUGCAAUGAAUGUGGGAAAGGUUUCACGAUGAAGAGUCGACUGAUUGAACAUCAGCGAACUCACACAGGUGAGAAACCCUAUGUAUGCGAUGAAUGUGGAAAAGGCUUUCCCAGGAAGAGUAAUCUCAUUGUACAUCAGAGAAAUCAUACAGUAGAGAAAUCCUAUGUAUGCAGUGAAUGUGGAAAAGGUUUCACCGUGAAGAGCAUGCUCAUCAUACACCAACGAACUCAUACUGGAGAGAAACCCUACAUCUGCAGUGAAUGUGGGAAAGGCUUCCCCUUGAAGAGUCGACUGGUCGUACAUCAACGAACACAUACUGGAGAGAAACCUUACAGAUGCAGUGAAUGUGGGAAAGGUUUCAUUGUGAAUAGUGGACUGAUGUUACAUCAGCGAACUCACACUGGAGAGAAACCCUAUAUAUGCAAUAAAUGUGGAAAAGGUUUUGCCUUUAAGAGCAAUCUUGUGGUACAUCAGCGAACUCAUACUGGAGAGAAACCCUUUACGUGCAGUGAAUGUGGAAAAGGCUUCACCAUGAAACGCUAUCUCAUUGUACAUCAACAAAUCCAUACAGGAGAGAAAUCAUACAUAUGCAGCGAAUGUGGUAAAGGCUUUGCUAUGGAAACUGAGCUCAUUUUACAUCAGCAAAUUCAUACUGGAGAGAAACCUUAUGCAUGCAAUGAAUGUGGUAAAGGCUUCACUGUGAAAAGCCGACUAAUCGUUCAUCAGCGAACUCAUACAGGAGAGAAACCUUUUAUAUGCAGUGAAUGUGGAAAAGGCUUCUCCUCAAAGAGAAAUCUUAUUGUACAUCAGAGAACUCAUAAUGGAAACAAACCUCAAUGACACCAUGAAUAGGGUCAUACCCUCAGGAGGAAAAUAUGCCUUGUGCAACAUCAGAGAUUUCACACAGAAUUGACUUCCUUUAUUUGUACUGACUGUGGAAAAUCCCAUUCAUUACCUACCAGGGAAUUAUGCAGCAAACUAUGUAUACAGUUAAUGGGAGAAAGCCUUCAAUACCAGGUCAGCACCCAUUGUACAUCAAAGAAUUCAUAGAAUAGAAAGACUAUGGAUUUAAUAACUGCGGGCCGCCUUUCUCUCAUUUGUCAAGCCUUGUUAAUACACACAAGAAAUGUGUAAGUCAAGGUACAUAAGCCUUUGCAGAGAAUCUGAACUCAUUACAUACAAGUGAACUCAUUCAGGGGACAAACCAUGAUACUUCAAUGAACUCCUUAAACAUCAGUGUGCUCCCAGCAUACCUGAAUAUAGUCAGUAUAGAUUAAUUAGCCUGUUGCUAGAUUUUCACCCUUGGGGAAUACUGAAUUUGCAUAGGAGUGAAGUUUAGUGAAUGCAGAGAAUGUGCUAGUGCCUUCAGUGAUCAAUUACCUCACGUUGUAUGUCAAAACAGGAAACAAAACUGAUAUAUUCAAUGCAGAAAAGUCCUGAGGAAACAUUUCUAGGUAAUUACAUAUCUGAAAAGUAUAUAUUAAGACGAAUCUUAUGAAUGGAGAGAGUAGGAAAGCCUCCUAUGGGAAUAAAGACCCUGUCUCAUCAGUGAUCAUAAUAGAUCCCACCAGCGAGCUUACACAUAGUGGCAACAUGAUGACUGUGCAAAAGCCUUUGCCUGGAAGUCAAACCUUAAUAGUUGUGUGAUAUUCACGUUAAAGGAAAAUGGCAGUGAAUAUGAAUUUUAGUGAUAUUCUGCCUCAUCAUUUCUCAUGAAUUCAUACAGACAUAAAACUCAUGAACACACUAAAUGUGGAGUAACUAGGAAAUUAUCAGAAAUUUUGAAGGAGGGCGCCUGGGUGGCUCAUUUGGUUAAGCGACUGCCUUUGGCUCAGGUCA